AUAAUAUUUGACCAAACUGCAUUAAAUUGCAUCAGUGUUAAGAUUCCGAAACCGGGGCUUUGACGCCGGACAUUUUAAUGAUCUUUACUGACCAACUAAUAUCAUUUCUGUGAAGUUAAAUCGUAAUAGUUCUGGUAUUAUUUGCUAACGUUAGCCCGAGGAGCAGCCGUGCUAGCUACAGAAGUGUCUCUGUUGUUCCCCCAUCACAGACUGAGGAUGAUGAAUGAAGGCAAGGACACAGAGGCGACAACUGCAAGCAAAGAGAUGCUGCUAUGAUAACAGCAUUACUCAAGAUGGAGAAGGUCCGGAAAAAUGUAGUGGCCAUGGUGAAGAAGCACCCAGAUGGGAUCCCACUGAAAGAGCUUGCAGUAUGCUACAAAAAGAUGUACCGCAGGAACCUGUCUUUUUCUGACUUGCACUUUGACUCCAUGGCCAGCCUGGUGGCCUCUCUGGAUGGGGAUCUGAUUGUGGAGCAGGAGGUGGUGUUUCACAAGGACCAUCACAGUGGAAGUCAGGCCGUAGCUGGAGCUGCAUGUGGAGCAUCGGCGACACUUGGAGCAUCAGCAAAAGAGCCAGAAGACAGUGAAAUGAAUGACAAAAUUCGGAAAAAUGUUGUGGACAUGAUUAAAGAAUAUCCAUAUGGGAUUUCUCUGAAUAAGGUUGCUGCAGUCUACAAACAGAAAUACCACCACAAACUGUGUGCAUCCUCUUUAGGCUACAGUCGUACUUCCCGUCUGAUCAAAUCUUUGGAAGAUGUAGUUGUGACAGGGGAUAUGGUCUUCCAUAAGAUUCAUCAGCCUCUGAAUCAGCCUCAAGCUGGGCUGCCAACAACAGCUACAGAGGACAGCAGGCCUGCAACACCACAGACACCAGAAUCACUUACUGAGAACAGAAGCAAUGGUCCUCUCGCUGCAGUCACACGGCCUGAUGCCAGCCCUCAUUGGGGCUCAAUGAAUCUUCUAGGCUCUCCUUUGAUUUCCACUGGCUCUUCAUUCUCUACCCUUCAUAUUCCUGGUAACACACCCCUCACUGCAUCCAAGUCAGCUACGAAAUUGACUCAACAGGAGCUGUACCAGAGGGUCUUGGAGGUUAGUAAUGUGAUAAGGACGUUCCAGCUGACUGCCCCAUCAAUGGACCAGCUCCAAAGCUGCUAUUUGCGGCAGUUUGGUGAACAAUUUCCUCUCACACAGUACAUGUCUCUGUAUGACACCUUGGAAGCUCAGAAUAGACCCACUCAAUCUGGGCAAACAGCAGAGCCCAAGACUGUUGCAUGGCAGAUGCCUGCAGCGACACAGAGUCUCCCAGGGGAGCCCAAAAACGAGCAACAACAAGCUGCUGGGUCCAACUUCCUCUCUGGCACGGACUUUCCGGAGCUGGGGGCAGAAAAGAACAUGACCAAAGAGCAGAAGAGCAAAUUGAGAGAUGUAGACCAGAGAAAAGCCGGUAGUCCCCUGUUUAGAGAAUCUUAUCAUGCCCAGCUGAGAGAGGUCCUUGGAGGCAAUAUGCGGGCAGUGGAGGCCAUGGAGGACGAGGAGCGGCACACAGGGAGGAGGGGGAACAGAGCUGUGGAUCUGGAAACCGUCAACAGUCUGAUGGCAAGCGUGAUACGGGAAGUGGCUGAUGAGGGAGAGCUGGUCACCAAAGAGAAGGUGGUAUCCCGGGUGUGCAGGCUAAUUCCUUCUUUGGACCCAGGACGGAUAAAACACUGGACAAUUCCAGCUCUAAAAGACCUUCAGUACAUCAUGAAAGAGAUCAACGUUUUCUUGGAGGCCACUGAAGUAGUGACAUCCGUCUGCACCCUGUAUGAGCUCGGCCAGUCACUGGCUGGCCUAAAGGACAAGAAGCGCUAUGAAGAGCUGAACCUGGGGCCCCUCUGCAAACUCCCCCUCAUCCACCGCAUGUUCAAGAUUGACAGUAACACAAAGGAUGAUGAUAUCCCGCAGAUCGAGACCAUAGACAUCCUAAAGCAACUUCGCAUUUUUCGGAGGAAGCAAACCAAUGUAAAAGUAGACCUGGCUGAGUUCCUGAAGUAUCUGGCUGACCACUACAACUGUGACUCUCCCUACCAGCUGGGCAUCAGGAUACAUAGCAUCGCGCUGCCUAUCGCGACCCUCGGAAAGGUGACCCGUGGUGAGCAUGCAAUCUUGGAGCGUGCCAGGGAGACCAUCCAGAAAGAGCUGGAAGAGGAGACCCACGAGCGGCUGAGAAAAAUCAAAAAGACCGUUCUAGAGUCAGUGCAAGUUGCAGGUUCCUUCUCCUCUACAGGCAGCUUGGAUCUCAGAAAAAAGUAUGCCUCUAUGACGGCAGCCGAGGUAGUGCUGGCGGUAUUCACAAACGUACAGGAGGUGUACAGCCCCAGGAUGUCCAAGAGCAUCCAGAGCUUCUUGCUGCAGGUGUCGGGUGACCGGUUGGCAACCGCUCUGUUUCAGCUAGCCAUCUGUGGAGGCUCCCUCGCUGUUCCACAGGACCUGGUGGCCAAAGACAAGGCAUCCAAAACCCCAGAACAAACUAAAACAGAGGACAGAUCUGCCACAUCCAUUCCAAGUGAAGCCAAAGUAAAGCAAUAUCUGAAAGACAGCCUGGCUGCUCAGAACUCAGCAAUCACUUUGGCCCACAUUGCCUCUCUGGAGAGGAAAUUGACCAAACAUUUUCAUGUGAAAGACUUCCUCUCCCUAGAGCAAGGCAACUUCCUGGAGUUCCUAGUAAAACACAUUCAGCUGCUGCAGGACACACUGGGGUCUACUUUGAUUCUUGGCAGCAGCAGCAUGGAGCUUGUUGGCAGUGGUUUCAGAGCCACCAGACAAGACGUGUUUGAGUUCAUCAAACAGUGUGGCGACAUAUCCUCCACUGAUCCAGAUGAACUGUCCCACAUUGAGUCAGCGCUGAGGGCCCACUACAAGGUCCGAGACAGUCGUGACUUGGGAUAUGGCACACUGCACAUGCUGGCUGGUCUGGUCCAACGCCAGAGAGGCCUGGCUGGAGGAGGAAUGAGCCAGGUCUUCUAUGAGUCAGCCCUGUUUGCCAAACACAGCAAAUCAAGUGCUGAAAGUGGACAGGAACUAGUGGGGUGUCUAGGUGAGAUGUCCAAGGACCAGGCCCUAGCAAGCUUGCUCUCCUGCCCUCUUCUGGAAGAUUUGAGUGAGUGGAGCCAAUGGGAGAUGAUUUUCAAACCACUUCAUGGGUCUCUCAAAGAUUUCAUCGAAAGAAAUGCAGGUAAUACAGGCCUGGCAGCAUUGGAGGUGAGACCAGGUUUGCUGCUUAGAAUCACCACCGACACAGGAGACAAGUACUUCUCUAGUGCCGCCGCGGCUCUGGACCCCGUCGGCACAGCCGGCCACCUUGUGUCCAUAGUGGCAGCUGAUGGGAUCGUCAACGCUCCCAUGGCUCUCCUGGCCAAUCACAUGCAGAGCUCUCUGGCAGCAGCUGUGGCUAAAGAAGAUUUGUCCCAGGCUGAUCAGGAUGUGCAAUGUUACAGCAGAGUGGCCAAAUUCCUCCUGGCAUGUUUGACACGAAUCCCCAACAAAACCUGCCAAGCUCUUUUGCAGCAGGUGUUUUUGGAGCCUUUCUCCCGUGUCCUGGGCCAAGCCACGUCUAAGCAGGUCCUGAUCACUGUGGCUCAGUCUGACCCGAGGCACAUGAACUGUCUGCAUCGGCUGGGCAUCCUCCUGGGCAUCACAGACUGGGUCAAAGAUUAUCAGAAAAAGCUGAAUCCACUGCAGAGCCAAGACUACAACACGUACACAGCACCUGUGGAUCGGAUCAAGUCUAAUUUGAUAGAUUCUGAGAGCAGCAGUCUGUCAGCUCUCAAUAUGAGUGAAGACGAGUAUCUUGAGGAUAAUGUGACGGACAACAACGGUGCUUCCUCCCAGCUCAACCACAGCCUGCAACAAGUCAAUGGUGAUCAAGAUGUAGAGAUUGAGGAGGAAGAGGAUGACGAGGAGCUGUAUGAGUUGACUUCACUUCCUAACGGAGAGACAUCAGAGGUCAGCAGUGAAGCUGAGGAAGGCCAGGUUGAGGAACAACUGGAAAAAUCUGACACAGAUGAUAAAGAUGCUGCCAGCUGCCAGUCAGAGACUGCAUCCCAUUUCCAAAAAGCCAUCAUUGAAGACAUCAGGAAAAGUGAGUUUGGUAUCGGGGUGAAAUUGACCGCUGAAGGCCAGAAACUGAUGCAGGUCCACCAGGAGAGACUGGGCCGCAGCCUGGACCGCCUCUCUACUGAACUCUACAGCAAAGACACACACUUUGUCCUGGAACUCAUUCAGAAUGCUGAUGACAACAGUUAUCCAUCGGACGCCGGUGUCGUUCCAGCGCUCGCCUUUGUGGUGGAGAGAGACUGCAUCACCGUCCUCAACAAUGAGACCGGCUUCCAGGAGAAGAACAUCAGAGCCAUCUGUGACGUAGGCCAGAGCACCAAGGGCAAACACAAAUACGGAUACAUUGGACAAAAAGGGAUUGGCUUCAAGUCGGUGUUCAAGGUCACAGACUGUCCCGAGAUUCACUCCAAUGGCUUCCACUUGCGCUUUGACAAGACUUGCGGUCCGAUGGGAUACAUCCUCCCCCACUGGACUGAGAAUGGGAGGCCUCUGGACGCACAGCUGGAAGACAUCAAUCGCCACAGCUGGACCACUAAAAUCAGCCUUCCUCUGCGUUGUGAAAACCGUCAGACCAGAAACCUGUUUCAUGACGUGCACCCAUCGCUGCUGCUCUUCCUGCACCGCCUGCGCUCCAUCACCAUCUACAAUCAGAGUGAGAAACGUCAUGUGACAAUGACUCGUAAAGACCUCAGUCACAAUGUGCUGGAGGUGGCGCACACGGAGGGCCUGGAGCGCUGGCUAGUAGUCAAAGCCACACUCAAGCCCAAGAAGAUCAAAGAGGACGUCGAGUCGACCGAACUGGCUCUGGCUUUCCAGCUUGGCAGCGACAUCACAGGAGGCGACAUUGUAUGCCAGCCUCAGAAGCAACCCGUGUUUGCUUACCUGCCCCUUCGCAGUUUCGGUUUUCGUUUCAUCAUCCAAGGUGACUUCGACAUUCCUUCCUCUCGUGAAGACGUUGACAGAGACAGCUCCUGGAACCAGUGGCUGCGAUCUGAAAUACCACAACUCUUCCUCCAGGCUAUGGACGUCUUCACUGAUCACCCAGAGUUCAAGGGGCUUAAGGGCCUUUGCCAGUUCCUACAGUUUGUUCCCCUACCUGACGAGGUGCUGGACUUCUUCAAGCCUGUUGCCGGCCAGAUCAUUCAGCUGCUCAAAGGCAAAGCCUUCCUGCCUACACUCAGCUCAGACGGUAAGGUUGUGUACAAGCUGCCGUCCCAGGUGGCCGUCUGUCAGGACGCCGUGAUCCGCAACGUGAUUGGUGGAGAUGAGCUGGAAAGGCAUCUGUCUCUGUCCUAUCUCCAUCCGGGUCUAAGCCCUGCCCCACCCACCUCCCUGCUCACUCACCUGGGAGUCCGACAUCUGCGGGGAUCAGAUGUUACCACGGUAACCACAGCCAUGGCCAAGGAGCUGAUGAGAGUGGAGGGUAUCCAUUCAGAUGGAGGUCUGCGACAGCUGGCCAGAUUGCUGGUUUGCAACUUCCGAGCUCUUGAGCAUGGCUACGGAGAGGCAGAUUCUAUCUUGCAAACCCUCAAAGAUCUACCCAUAAUCCCUCUGGCUGACGGACGUGUGGUGGCACUAAGUGGAGAGGGAGUGUUCUUUCCCAUGGAAGAGACCAAGACCAAGAAAACGAAAGCUCAGGCUCAAGCAGGACCACUGUCUGCAUUGUACAAGGAUGUAAGCGUGGUUCACCCCUCUCUGCUGAACUGUUUGGAGCCCCUGGAAAGUCAGCAGAUUCGAGAGCUGCUGAGAAAACUUGGGGUUCAUGAGCUGGAGCCUCAAGAGGUGCUGGAGCAGCACAUCUACCCUUCAAUACGCAACAACAAAUGGAAGUCCAAGCCUGAGUCGGUGAUUGUGAGUUACUUGGUUUUCAUCAAGCAGCACUCCUCCUCCAGCCAGGAGUACUCCGACAUUGCAAUACCCGUCCUGACCUGCAGGGGUCUGCUGUGCCCGGCCAAUGAAAGGGUGCACUUCUCUGAAGAGUACGGCAACAUGGACCUGCCUAAGAAGCUGCCUGGCUGUGAUUGGAUCUUGCUGAGUCCCUGCUACGUGGAGACAGACGGCGAUGUAGCAGGAUGGAGAGAGCUGUUCAGCAGACUAGGAGUCAGAGAUGGUCUCAUGAUUCGCAAAGAAAGACAAACACUCACUGCUACAGAACUGGCCUCCAGUCCCUGGGCAGCUGAAAGUGCAAUGUGGCACCAAACUCCUGGGGAGGGCUGUGUGCUCGAUGACUACCCCUGCGAGGAGUUUCAUGCCUUGGCUACAGCCCAGCUGCCCGGCUCCCUCCUGCUGCAGCAGAGAAUGGCUUUGCUGGAGCUGCUGGAGACCAACUGGGACACUGGACAUCGCUACUCUCAGUACCUCACAGCCCAGGUGAUUGACAGCGAUGGACGACCAAUCAGAAGCACCAGGUCCUCCUUCUACCACUCCUUGUGUCGACUUGAAUGGGUUCCAGCUUAUCGCCCACAGCGAGAAGAACAGUCGGAGAAAAAGUACCUGUGUCCAAGCUCAGUUUAUCUGACAUCCCCUGAAGUCACCGGGCUGCUGGGGACUCACGUCUAUUACGUGGACAUUCACUCCAGCGAGUUCAGCAGAGCUUUAGGGAUGAGAGAAAGUGUCUCAGUGGAAGUUCUGAUGAAGUACCUGAAGGAGUGGUGCGUCAAACCAGAGACAGAUAACCAGGAGCAGAGACGCGCUGAGGACGAGUCAGAGGGGGCAAAUUUCACUUCCACAGUCGAGCACAUCCACAACGUCUACACCUAUCUGCAUACAAACUGUUCCCAGAGCAGCCUCAAGGAACUCUUCCAGCACACUCCUGCUGUGUUCGUAGAGUUUAACAGGCAUAAUGGUGGCUGGUGUUCAGGACGCUUCUACCACCUGAAAGAGGUUUGCUGGAGUGACACAACAACCAUGUUCCACCGCUACAAACAGCUGACUCACAGACAAGACAGCCCUGUCCAGGAGCCCAAAGUCCUGGCUCCUUUCUACAGCCAGCUGGAAGGCAUGAAAGACUUCUUCAUCAGGCUGCUGAAUGUGGAUUCCAGCCCCAACAUGAAGCAGUAUGUUGGUUUGUUGGAACUGAUCUGUUCAUCAUCUCCCAUACCAACUGCUGAAGUGCUACAGGAUGUGUCAGUGCUCUAUGCCAGACUUGCUCAAAAGUGUAAACCUCCAGUAUCUGGAGACCAAGAAAACAUGCCUCAGUACAAACUCAAUCAUGCUUACUGCUCCACUUUGAAAGGUAUGGUGUCUGAUAAAAGGGUCUUCCCAACCAAAGAUAACUGCUGGGUGAGUCUGGCUCGUAAACCCAUGAUUGGUGACAACAAAGAGUUGGAGAAGAUCUUUAAACCUCACAAGCAGGUGUGUCUGCUCAACCUGCCACCACCAGAGAAGAAGGCUGCUCCCAAGAGCAGGACUGGGAACUUUGGUCACGCAGCCUCAGGAGAACAAGUUCCUAACUUCAAUGAGAAGGACAGGUUUUUGUUUCUGGAGAUCUGUGGAAUCCGUCAGCUUUCAAAGUGUGUCAAGUCUGAGCCUCAGACUGAGAACCUGAGACCCUGUCCGUCCAUGCAGGACAUGGUGCGCUCAGUUAUCCCCUACAUCCAGAAGUUCCUCUACCACCACGAGGAGAUGAAUGACGUCUACUCAGAGCUGACGAACAACAACAUAGCACAGAAAAUCAAGCACCUUUCCUUCGGGCAGGUGGGCAAGCUGUACAUUCACCACCAGCUGGAAGUUGCUGAUGAUGAAGACGCAGUGAUAGAGUUGCAGGACGUUAUCUGUCUGCUGAAGGACGAGAAGGAGCUCUACAUCCAGAAAGAUCACCUCAACUCCAAGCUGGACAUCUGCAGGUAUGUGUGUUGGAAAGUGUCCCAACAUUCACUCCUGCUCUCAAACUGA